AUGCCACAAAGACGCAAAUUCGCUCUCGUCACCGGGUGUGGCCAUGGUGGCAUCGGCGAGGCUCUAGUUAAAGAAUAUGCUCUGCGCGGACUACAUGCCAUUGCCACAGUGCUUCCGUCGGAGCAGAGAAACCAUCUCGACCAGCCCGGUAUCACGUGCUAUUCACUAGACGUAACUCAAGAAGAGUCAAUUUUAGAGCUCCAAAGAAACGUUAUUGAUCUUACCGAUGGGUUCCUUGACAUCUUAGUCAAUAACGCCGGAAUAGCUUACACCAUGACGGCCAUCGAUACCGAUGUUGCCGAAGCGCAAUAUAUGUUUGACGUCAACGUCUUCGGACCUAUGCGCAUGGUACACCAUUUUCACCAUAUGCUGAUCGAAUCAUCCGGGACCGUUGUCAAUAUCGGUUCCAUAGGCGGCAUUGUCCCAUACGUGUAUGGUGCCGCAUACAAUGCCGCCAAAGCCGCCCUUCACCACUGGUCUAAUACGCUACGGGUUGAAAUGGCGCCAUUCGAGUGA